AUGAGCACCCCCUCGGGUACUGUGGACUUGCCGGAACGGCCAAAGGAGCCCAACACCCAAAAAAAGAAGCCCCCAAAGCAGCCGAAGGUACCCAAAACUAACAACUCAAACCAAGCUAAGAAGGGCUCCAAAACGCCGGGAGGUGGUAAUUCGGGAACUGAGAUCACUCAAGAUCCUGAAUUUAUGUUCAAGGUCGGCUUUCUAGCCGAUGUAUAUCAGGAAAGGCCAAUCUCAGAGACGAUACCCAAAGUUAACACUCGUUUUCCACCGGAGCCCAAUGGCUUCUUACACAUUGGACACAGCAAGGCGAUUGCAGUGAAUUUCGGAUUUGCACGCUAUCAUGGAGGUAGCUGCAUUCUGCGCUUUGACGAUACAAAUCCGGAGGGCGAAGAAGAACAGUUCUAUACUGCAAUUGAGGAUAUAAUUCAUUGGCUUGGUUUUAAACCUGUGCGAGUCACAGCGGCUAGUGAUAAUUUCCAAAAGCUGUAUGAGCUUGCUGAGGACUUAAUAAGACGUGAUGGAGCGUACGUCUGCCAUUGCACAAAGGCCGAGAUCAAAGCCCAGCGAGGCGAAGGGACUGGUGGCGAACGGUACGCCUGCAGUCAUCGCUCACGACCCGUUGAAGAAUCGUUGAAUGAAUUUCGAGCAAUGAAGGAUGGGAAAUACCAACCAGGCGAAGCCGCCCUUCGUAUGAAGCAAGAUUUGGAAAACCCGAAUCCACAAAUGUGGGAUCUGUUUGCAUGGAGAAUUCUGGACCAAAAGGAUAAAUCUCAUUUUCGUACCGGAAGUAAUUGGAAGGUUUAUCCAACCUAUGAUUUUGCUCAUCCGCUUUGUGACAGCAUAGAGGGUAUAUCUCAUUCAUUGUGCACUAUGGAGUUCGAACUUUCUCGUGAAUCUUACGAGUGGCUAUGUGAUAAACUAGAAGUUUAUAAGCCAAUGCAGCGCGAAUAUGGCCGCCUAAACAUCACCGGGACUGUUCUUUCUAAGCGCAAGAUUAUCGAGCUAGUUAAAAAGGGCUUUGUACGAGACUGGGAUGACCCGCGCCUUUUUACUCUCAUUGCACUACGUCGACGUGGUUUUCCUCCUGGCGCUAUCUUAUCAUUUGUCAAUCAGCUGGGCGUGACCAAAGCUAAAUCAAAUGUCCAAGUUGCAAAGCUAGAGCAGACAGUUCGCCAAUAUCUUGAAGCCACAGUUCCCCGCUUAAUGUUGGUUUUGGAGCCUCUGAAAGUAGUGAUCGACGACUUGCCAGAUGAUUUUGUUGAGAUGGUUGAAGUUCCGUACUCGAAGGAUCCCUCCUUUGGGUCCCGUAAGGUGCCAUUUACGAAGGUUGUAUAUAUCGAGCGAUCGGAUUUCCGCGAGGAAGAUUCUUCAGAUUACUUCCGCUUGGCACCCGGUAAAACGGUUGGCCUGAUGAAAGCACCAUACCCCAUCACUGCAACGACUUAUGAUAAGGAUCCAAAGAGUGGUGAAGUUAUCUGUGUCCAUGCCAAAUACGAGAAACCAAUAGAGGGAUCCCCUGCUAAGAAACCAAAGACCUACAUUCACUGGGUGGGUGAAUCUCCCUCACAUAAUAGCCCCAAGCGUGCCGAGGUUCGCGCAUUCAAUCAAUUAUUCAAAUCAGAGGAUCCCUCCGCCCACCCAGAUGGCUUUUUAGCAGAUAUUAAUCCCGACUCGGAACAAAUAUUUCCGAAGGCUCUCCUUGAAACAGGCUUUGAUGAAAUUUCUGCAUCAGCACCUUGGCCGAAAGAAAAAAAUAAAGAGGGUGGGGAAGGAAAAGAAGGUAUCAAAGUAACAGAGGGCGACGAUGCCACUACUAUCCAACCGUACAGUAUUCGAUUUCAAGGCAUGCGCAUGGGCUACUUUACAGUUGACAAAGACUCGAGACCCGAUGCCAUUGUGCUGAAUCGUAUUGUUACUCUCAAGGACAGUGCUGGAAAGUCAUGA